GGGACUUACUGCUCGCAUAAAUCCCAGCACGCUGCCCCGGCCUCACCCUCGGCUUCGGCGGCCUCAAAACCUUCACUGGGAGAGAAUGUACAGCCAAGUGGAGCAUCCUGCGGGAGGGUACAAGAAGCUCUUUGAGACGGUGGAGGAGCUGUCCUCUCCAGUAACCACCCACGUCACAGGCAGGAUCCCCACCUGGCUCAGGGGGAGCCUCCUUCGCUGCGGACCCGGCUUGUUUGAGGUCGGGGCAGAGCCCUUCUACCACCUCUUUGAUGGCCAGGCACUGCUGCACAAGUUUGACUUCAAGGAGGGGCACGUCACCUACCACCGCAGGUUCGUUCGGACUGAUGCUUACGUGAGAGCAAUGACGGAGAAGAGGAUUGUGAUAACCGAAUUCGGCACCUACGCCUACCCAGAUCCAUGCAAGAACAUUUUCUCCAGGUUCUUUUCCUACUUCAAAGGCGUGGAGGUCACUGAUAACGCCCUCGUUAACGUCUACCCCGUCGGUGAGGACUACUAUGCCUGCACCGAGACCAACUUUAUAACCAGAAUUAACCCGGACACUUUAGAGACGAUUAAGCAGGUGGAUCUCUGCAAGUAUGUCUCUGUCAAUGGGGCGACAGCACAUCCCCACGUUGAGAACGAUGGGACGGUUUACAACAUCGGCAAUUGCUUCGGAAAAAAUUUUUCACUUGCCUACAACAUCAUACGGAUUCCCCCACUCCAGGCAGACAAGGAGGACCCGAUGGACAAGGCAGAGGUGGUGGUGCAGUUUCCUUGCAGCGACAGAUUCAAGCCCUCCUACGUUCACAGCUUCGGAUUGACCCCGAACUACAUCGUGUUUGUUGAAACCCCAGUGAAAAUUAACCUGCUCAAGUUCCUCUCCUCCUGGAGCCUGUGGGGAGCCAACUACAUGGACUGCUUUGAGUCCAACGAGACCAUGGGGGUCUGGCUUCACGUGGCAGAGAAAAAAAAAAGGCGGCUCCUCAAUAUCAAGUACCGCACCUCGGCCUUCAACCUCUUCCAUCACAUUAACACCUACGAAGAUAAUGGAUUUCUCAUCGUCGAUCUCUGCACCUGGAAGGGGUUCGAGUUCGUUUACAACUACCUCUAUUUAGCCAAUCUGCGGGCAAACUGGGACGAGGUGAAGAGGCAGGCGGAGAAGGCACCGCAGCCCGAAGCCCGCAGAUACGUGCUGCCCCUCAACAUCGACAAGGCUGACACGGGCAAGAACUUGGUCACACUGCCCUACACGACAGCCACAGCGACCCUGCGCAGCGACGAGACCAUCUGGCUGGAGCCAGAAGUUAUUUUCUCAGGCCCACGCCAUGCCUUUGAAUUUCCACAGAUCAAUUACAAGAAAUACGGUGGGAAACCAUACACAUACACGUAUGGGCUUGGACUGAAUCACUUUGUUCCAGACAGGCUUUGUAAGCUGAAUGUUAAAACAAAGGAGACCUGGGUGUGGCAGGAGCCAGAUUCCUACCCCUCAGAGCCCAUCUUCGUUUCACAUCCAGAUGCCCUGGAGGAAGAUGAUGGGGUCGUGCUGAGCAUCGUGAUCAGCCCCGGCACAGGGCCAAAGCCCGCCUACCUCCUGAUCCUGAACGCCAAAGACAUGAGCGAAGUUGCCAGGGCUGAGGUGGAGGUGAACAUCCCCGUGACUUUCCACGGACUCUUCAAAAGAGCAUGACUGGUGCCUGCAGCUUGGUGCGUGAGGUUUCUUCCAGCUUUGGAAAGGUGCAGUUGCCAUUUGCAAGCACACCAAAAGUGACACUGAAGGAAUUUAGAUCAUUUCUUUGUACGGCUAUUUAACUAAGACUGAACAUUUUGGUUUUGUUGAUGAUUCUUCAAAAUACUUAUCCAGGUAUUUUUCAAAUGUACUUUGUAGCAUAAUUUCAAAAUGUACAGUACUAAGAACUAUACAGUUAAAAUAACGCAAGUUUUCUUUUACAAAUUUAUACUUUGCAGCUUCAGCAGAGGGAAAGAUGCAUGAAAUAGCCUUUUCUAUAUAAUACCAUGUCUACUGGUACUGAACUUACACUGUGCUAUGUGCUCUUUCUGUUGCAUGCUUUGAGAAGAGGUAUUUUUAUCCUAUAGCUAAUGUGCUUCCUGGUCUCUGUAUUCUCAGAGCAAGCUGAGUGGGGCCCUUCCAGAGCUGCUCUGGAAAUCUGAACUCACCUGUCAGGCAGCAGGCCUCAGGCUGCAUGGCACGCACCAUUUUGUCCUUUCCUCUGCCUAGUUUACAGGUGUGUAAGCUUUAGUAAUGCCUGUGUGACUUCUCCUUCCCACUUUGCCCAAGUGCAGUUGGAGUUCUGCAUAUUCUUGAUACGAAUGUGAAAAACAAAAUCAAGCAAUUACGGUUUAGGAUGGAUUUGCUUCAGUUGAGAGCUGCAGAAUCACAGCUUAAUCCUUCCGUUCCACAAAAUGAAUUUUCACUUAAUGUAGUAGCAGACUAUGGUUUAAAAUACAAACACACUGUAAAAAGAUUUGAAAUCCAGGAUUGUUUGCAGUGGCUUAACCUUUUUAUUAACGGUAUCAAAGAAUUAGAAAAUCAUUUACAUUAAAGCCUUCUAAUACAUGGUGCUAAUUUUAAAGGAUGAUUACUCAAAAACGGCUGCAGUUACAUUCUGAUGACAGGAUGCUGAUACGGAGGUAUGACCUGGUACGUCUGCUGUUGUAUAAUUUGUAAGCACUGUGCAAUUACCUGAUUAAAAAACAACAACAAAAUCAUAUAUAUAUAAGCAACAAGCCCCUGAAACAAGAAAUUAGUAAAAUUUACAAGUUAUGCAGUCAUUCAAUAAUGCAUUUGUUCUUAAUUUUUGCAAAACAAUGAAUAUUUAAAAUGAACAACUGUUGGCUGUACACUUAGCAGAAACAGAUGUCAGUGUAACUUAUCACUGGGGCAGGGGAAAUACAAAGGAAAAAAUGUCCCCAGGAUCCCAAAGUGUAUGUAUUACGUAUGGAAGCCACCCAACCACUUCACAGUCCCAGUGGUAACCAGAGAAUUACUUUUGGAACACUGGAAAGCUACUUUGCUGUAAACAUUCAAUCAAAAUAUAUUAUUUUAUAAUCCGUUUCAGUUGUUACACAGCUACACUCCUAAUAUUUCCAGUAACAUAUCAAAAAUUAUCAGAACAGCCUGCUCUUCUGUGUCCAUCUUCUUCUAAGAAGUCAUAUUUCUUGUUGCCUUGUGAGAACAGUGAGUGGAAAAUACAAAACUGGUUUUGGUCUUUAAACAUAACAAGAUCUUAAUGGAGAAUUUUAACUGUUACCAUACAAUACACGUAACAGUCUUCUUUGCUAAAGCCUUUUGUAUAUCCUGCUGGAAUUAGGAGUCAGGAUAAGCAUUUUCCUAAUCUCACUGUACAUAUUUGACUUCUACUCAACCACCACACAUUGUCUUAAAAAAGCUGAUUCUCUUUUUAAGGGCAUAAUAAGCAUGAGCACAUGCUGUCAUUUCAGACAAAGACUAAUUCAAUCUAUUAGCAAGAACUGGGAUAAAGUGGCAAAAGAGUAGUAUAAAAAAAGGAAAGAAAAAAAAAGAUAAAUGUGAACAUGAAUUGUGAUAUGCUGGUAAAAAUUACCUAAAGAGAGUAAUAAUGAUUCAUUUCAACUGUUACAUUACUUUCUUUUCACAGGUAGUUCCUGGGGAGAGGUAGUCUCUUGGCUCUAGUACUAGAAAAUAUUUCUCAGUGCUCUCUCCUAAUCAAAGUUCCCAUAAACUCCAGGCAAAAUAUUUAAUGUAUAUGUAGCACCAUAAAUAUGUACCUUAUUUAGAAGUAUUAAUUGAUGACAGGAUAAAU